GGAGGGUGUCGGACUCAGUCCAUGGUCCUGGUACAUAAUAAAGACCCCUUUUGAAAAAGAAAUAAGGAAGCAACGGAUCUCUUCUUCAACAGGACGGGAGAUGGACAACAGUAAACGGACUGUGGUGGUUACAGGUUUUGGGCCAUUUGGAGAGCACACUGUCAACGCCAGCUGGGUAGCAGUACAGGAGCUGAAGAAGCUUGGACUGGGUAGUGAAGUGGACUUGCAUGUAUACGAGGUUCCUGUAGAGUACCAGACAGUCCAGAGUUUGGUCCCGUCAUUAUGGAAGCAGUAUCACCCACAGUUGGUAGUUCAUGUUGGAGUCUCAGGUAUGGCCACCACUGUCACGUUGGAGAAGUGCGGCAGAAAUCACGGCUACACGGGUCUGGACAACAGCAGCUUCUGUCCUGAUUCGGCGUGCUGCAUUGUGGGAGGCCCAGACUGUAUCGACUCUGUUAUUGACAUGGAAUCAGUCUGCAAGAGAGUAACCGCCUCUGGGCUGGGAGUAUGUGUGUCUGUCUCCUUGGACGCUGGAAGGUAUCUCUGUGAUUUCACCUAUUACACGUCUCUGUACAUGAGUCACGGCCGCUCUGCCUUCGUCCACGUGCCUCCUCUCGGAAAGCCUUACAGCGGGGAAGACCUAGGCCGUGCGCUGCAGGCGAUCAUUCAGGAGAUGCUGGAGCUCCUGGACCAGGCUGAGAAGAAGAUCCACUGCCAGCAGCACUUCCACUAAGUGACCUCUAGAUACCGACCAGCCUCUCCAGCCCUCACCACACAAGAGAUAUUGCACUUAACCACAAGUAGCCAAACAUCUUCUUUUUUUAAUUGUUGUCUUGACUUGGACAUAAUGGAAACUUCAGUGUACAGGAUGUUUUCAGUGUUUGUCUCUCUCUGUCUUGAUCUCUGGUUCUUGUUUUGCUAGGUCUGAUUCGGUUAUUUUUUAGGGUGAUUUCAACACCUGCCUUUUUAUUUCGGUUGAAUGGAUAACUGGUUCGUUUACCUCCUUGGUGGGUUUCUUUUGGGCAGGUGUUUACACGUGGGUGGGGACCAAAACAACUGGACUGAGACCUUGUCAAAGUGGCUCACUCAGUUCGGUUACAAAAGAGCUCCAGUACGGUUCGUUUGUGGUAUGAAUGUGAUCCGUCCUAAAUCUGACCCAACUGCAGGAAGCAUUGUGCUUUUUGUGGAUUCAACU